GUAUCCAUUAACCCCUCUUUUAAUCGAUCUUGUGAAAUUACCCGACUGGAGGAAAGCAAGUGUUAUUAUGGCAAUUCCAGCAGCACCAGAGAGCCGUGUUCAGACAGCAACAAUCUCAAACGAGAGGAGCGAGCAAGAGAUACAUUAUUAUCGUCUGAUCACGGGAUGCACAAUGGGAUGGGCAACAGUGGCACCUUCUCAAAGUAUGAUUAUGGCACCGAGCAACUGACCCAAGACCCGCCAUCCUGUCAGUCCUUGGAGUCCGACUCCAGUUCUUCAGUGCUAAACGAAGGAGGAAAGACUUCAGCAGGCGACCCACAAACCCUGCUAUCGCAAGGAAACCACGCAAGCAAUAUCGCCACUGGAGGAGGUGCCCCGUGGUACCCGAUGCACACCCGGACGCGCAAGAAGCGAAAGCCCUAUUCCAAACUGCAGCUGGCCGAGCUUGAGGGAGAGUUCAUGCUGAACGAGUUCAUCACCCGGCAGCGACGUAGGGAGCUGUCUGACAGGCUCAAUCUCAGCGACCAACAGGUUAAAAUUUGGUUCCAAAAUCGGCGGAUGAAGAAAAAGAGACUGUUGCUAAGGGAGCAGGCUUUGUCCUUCUUUUAAGGAGGCACAAAAUAUACAUUGCUUAAUGGUAGUCCAACAACAGUAUUCAGUUAAUGGUAAUCUGCCAUUGGCCCAUUUUACUCUGAAAGUCUUGCCCCACGAUGCAUUCAGAAAUCGCGAAUAAGAAUUUAAACAUAAUAGGGGUAUGCGACCAAAUGAUGGCUCCAGAAGUCUGCUUAUACAGUGUGGUCUAUGUGGUGUUUAUUUAAGAGGGUUCGUGGCCAGAAAUUUUGGGCAAUACGGUGGGAAUGUUUUGGUUUAGGUUUUGAAAGUAACAAGCAGUCUAAGCCAUCAAUCACU